GAUGAUGAUGUGUCAGAUCUUCAGUAAGUUCGGCUCCGUGAUGAAGAUCAUCACCUUCACCAGAAACAAUCAGUUCCAGGCGCUGCUGCAGUUCAGCGACACCGUGCACGCUCAGCACGCCAAGGCCUCCCUGGACGGCCAGAACAUCUAUAACAGCUGCUGCACGCUGAGGAUCGACUUCUCCAAACUGAGCGCGCUCAACGUGAAAUACAACAACGAUAAGAGCCGCGACUUCACCCGCGGCGACCUGCCGAGCGGCGAGAUGGACGCCGGCGCCGCCUUCGGUAAGCCCCGCCCACGCUAACGCUGCAUCUAAAGCUA